CUGUGUGCAAGAAGAAACGGGAAGACUUUAAAUUGCUUUACAGUCCAGCAAACUCGUUCAAGACUUGAAUUAGACAUUAAUUUGCUUUUCUCAAUCUGGAUUAUCUUCGACAUCAACAUGGAUUCUGACUGAAGAAGUGCUUCAGCUGGAUCUUGUGCAGAAACUUUUCUCUUGCUGGUUUGAACUUCCGGAUAUUCAGUUAUAAUAACCAGACCAAGUUGACCAGGGUGUCAGUGCCUUAACAUUACUUGCACAGGAGCCAGCUCUAGAAAACAGACGUCUGCUGCCUUUUGAUGUGCUUCAGAAGGCUAUGGAUCCUGAACAAACACAGAUGACAAGACAGACGUCACAGACAGACAGUGGUUCCCAGUCUUCUUCCCGGUGCACUAAUCACCCCAACACCUGCUGCUUCUGCUGGUGCUGCUGUUGCUCCUGCUUAACUGUCAGGAACAAGGAAAUAGAUGAUUGCAGUCAAAAAGCUUCCAUCAUUUCCAAGCAGGAAAGUCUUCAGAAACAAGAAGAAAGAUUGAGUGUGAAUCUGGAAGAAGUCGCCUCCUGGUCCCAGUCCUUCGAUCACCUCCUGAAGGAUCCAAAUGGGAGGAAAUUUUUAUUGCAAUUCUUGCAGAGUGAACACAGUGAUGAAAAUAUUCUUUUCUGGCUUGCCUGUGAGGAAUUCAAGCAGGAAGAUCACAAAGCCUCAAUUAUGGAAAAGGCAACAUCAAUAUAUUUUGAUUAUAUCUCAGUACUGUCUCCAAAGGAGAUCAGCAUUGAUGCUAGUGUGCGAGAAGCAAUCAACAAAAACAUGGCAAUGCCAACAGCAGACAUCUUUGAUGAAGCACAGAUGCAUGUGUACGCAUUGAUGCACAGGGACUCUUACCCCAGGUUCCUGAAUUCACCAGUGUACAAAUCCCUUCUGGAAGAACUAUCUCCCUCUGAUAAUGCAAUGGAUUCUGACCUGUGAUGUUCACUUUAACAAUGUGCCCAACACCAAACAACAGAGCUAAUUUCUGACCUCAACCAAGGACUUUGAGGAAUCAAAUUCUCAGGCCUCCUGUGGGGAUCUGUCUUAUUUCUCCUGAUGCAAAAAGGGACCAGCACGUUCAUAACAAAACCUCCAGCCCCUGCCUUACUGAAUUAUGGCAAGGACUUGAAUUUUUCAUCUUUAAUAGACAAUAGCCAAAAAACAUUCCAGAAAACAUGCUGAUAAAAUUUGUUUGUUUAUUUUUACACUGAAUACUGGAUUGGCAAUAUAAUUUACCACGUCAACCACGUAUUUUGUUUUAAGGAUAUGGCUUUCAAAAUGUGGAUAUUGUUUGCAGACUGCUGACUGGUUGCUUUUGUUUGUGGACACAUAAUGGACAUGAGGUAAGAUAACCCGCAGGCAAGGGGAAAACCAAAAUUCCUAAACACCCUGGCACAAUGGAUGACUUUGAAUGUACAAGUAUUAUCUGUUAUCAUUAGCAAUUUGAAUGUGUAGAGUUGCUUGAUAUAAAGUUCCCUUUAUUUGCAGAUCUCCAGCUGGGGAGGGGGAAUGUUGAAUCCCUAGCUGUCCUCUAGCUUGAGAUCUGGCCAGACCCUCAGCCCAGCAGUAGAGACAGGAGGGAGUUGACAGCAGGGUACAGAAGAUGCCACAAAGUGUUUGAAGGUCAAGGUCUCAAACCUGGCACCACAUUUAUGGUCUACUCGAUAGUAAUGAAUCUCACUCUUCUGUAUGCUCUGAAGGUUUGGACAACCUACAGAGGGCACCUCAACCAUUGGAAAAACACCAUCAACGCCCUCCAUAAAAUCCUCCAAAUCCAUUGGUAGAGUACAAAAUCCAAUGUCAGUGUCCUCUCCCAGAUCAACAGCCCUGGCAUCAAUGCUCUGCUCACCCACAACCAGCGGACGUCAUUAUUCACAUACCUGACCACAGACUCCAGAAGCAGACGCUCUACUCCGAGCUCCAUCAUAGACAGAAGAAAUGUUUCAUGGAUGUUCUCAGUUUCUUUGAAAAAUUGUGAUGUCCUCUCUGACUCUUGGGAAUCCGUGGCCCACAACUGCUCAAAAUGGAGAAAUGGAGUAAGAACUGAGCACCUUGAGUUUCUGAAAUGGAAACACACAGAAGCCACAAAGAAACUGCUGAAGCAGUAUGCAACAUCCCAAACAACGUACCCACCCAUUCCAUCAAGCAGGACUAGCCCCAACUAUGGCAGAGUCUCCUGAUCCCACAUCGGAGUCUUCAAUCUUCUCUGAAGCUACAGAACUGGAGUGGAAGCAAGUCGGAGGGACCGACUGCAACAAGAAUAAUUACAAUUUAUUAUGGAAACCAAAAAUUGAUGCACUUGCUUUAACAACAAAAAAUGCUGUAUUUUGCAAAAGAUAAUGACCAUGAAAACAACCACUGGACUGAACCAAAAACAAAAACUCAAGCAUUGUGUUGUGUACCAUGAUGUUCCAGAAAUCCUCCAUAACCUUUAGGCCUAUGAGUACCUGGAAUAUUUGGAGACUGGAGGCUCUGAAACCCAUACAAUUUAAAUAAGGAUUCUCUCAAUGUGCAGGUCAAAUUUGGGAUUAUCGAAAUUGUACCUGCUGAAAGAUGGUCCAAGAGGUUAGCCCAGCCUCUCUUUUAGAUGCUUCUAAUUUUAGCCUGCUCUUUGAAUUGUUUUUUUAAUUUUAGGUUUCCAGUUUAAGAUCAUUUCUCAUUUUCAUUGCAUUGACUCUUCAUUUUCCUGCAAAAAUUCCUGAAAAUUUAUUAAUGAACAAUUUAAAUUUUCUGGUAGCUAAAUGGUUAAAAAUUAUUGUCUCAGUAAACUGUUUUGUAGAAUUGUCCAGAAGUGAAACUUUCAAAAGAUGUCUAGAGAUAAUCAAUUUGUCAAACUCAUCCUGUUGAAUCACUUUAUCAUUAAAACUAUUUGAGAACAACCACACGCCUCCAGUUGCUGUUGUUUAGUACAAUCAAAGACCUAAUCCAAAAAUUUGACCUAAUCCUUCCAACGGGAUUUUGAAAGAGAAAUGCACGGUUGGAGGAUGAAUCAUAAACCAAAGCCCUCCCUGUCCUCACAGGUGGAAGGAAGCAAAAGCUCCUGUGAUAUUAUUUGGAAAAAGACCGGGGGAAUUCUUCCCAGCCGUGAAAGCAAAGUUUAUCUCUCAGCCAACAUCAGUAAAGCUGACUAUUUCAUCAUUCUCACAUUGCAGUUUGCGAGCAUUUACUGUGCACAACUCAACUGCUGUGUUUCCUGCAUUGCAACAGUGGUACUCAUGGAAAGCCCUUGAUUGUUAGGAAGUCUUUGGGAAAGAUUCUGAGCAGAUGUUUCUUCCUGGCUUGCCACAUGGUUAUUUUUGACACUAAGUGCAUCAUAUUAUUUUAGGUUGAAUUUGGGGUGGCACGGUAGCGUAGCAGUUAGCGCGACGCUAUUACAGUGCCAGCGAUCGGGGUUCGAUUCCCGUCGCUGUCUGUAAGGAGUUUGUACGUUCUCCCGUGUCUGCGUGGGUUUCCUCUGGGUGCUCUGGUUUCCUCCCACAUUCCAAAGACGUAUGGGUAGGUUAAUAUGGGUGUAAAAUGGGCGGAGCGGACUUGUUGGGCCGGAAGGCCCUGUUACCACGCUGUAAAUAAAAAAAAUGUGAAGUUCAGAAAAAGGGAGUGAAGUUUUUCACCAUGAACAGUCAGUGCAACUACAUUGUGAGUAAAUUUCAUGACCACUACUCAACAUUCAGCCUCUGCUAGUCUUCUAGCUUGCCUUGCUUUCAACAUUAACCAGUAAUUAGAUGAUUUCUGAUGGCUCACUUCAGCUUAACUUUGACAACAAUAGUUAAAAAUUCAUAAAUUCUCUUCACUCCACAGUUAAUCUGAAGAGGCUGGGCGCUCUUGAGAGGAUGUUGUUUUGUAAUUUUAUGGAUGAAAUGUUAAACCAAUGCACAUUUUGGUGGACUUGGGUUAAAAAAAAAUUCUCACCCUGAUCGUCAGGGAGUCUUUCCAAUGUCUGUGCCCAAAUUUAUCUCUUAAACAAAACCACAAAAAAAACUGUCUAUCCUUAUAAUUUGUAGGUCAUGCUGUUUAUAAUUAAUUACUGUAUUUGCAUACAUAACACAGUUGUUGCACUCCUGAGUAAUUUAUUGGAUGUGAAGGACUUUGGGAUAUUUCUGAGAGAUGCAACAAGAUACUUAAAUAGGUCAGACACAAAACCCAAACUUUUUCAUUGGAGUUGUAAGGUCAGGCCUGACAUUCAAUAUUGCUUCAUUUUCAGGAAACUAAGUUCAUUUGUGAUGAGACUUGGGGAUUGAGCUGCUGUAAUGCAAACAAAAGCUCCCAUGUAAGCAUGGGACUAUUUCAAAGAGCAGGAGGGAAAAGUGGGUUAUUUUGGGGGAAGAGAGUGUUGGGUGAGGAAGUGAUGGUUAGAUAGGUGUACCAUUGGUUAAUGGAGCAAUACUAGCUAGCCAUCCUCUGUUCUUCAAAUGUGUGGUCAGAUGGAGCAUAUUUCCAAACUAUCCUUGUUCAUUGUGGCCCUCUAAGAACGCUGUGAUAAGUGCAGCUGCCUUUGGCUAGCUCAGGGCAAAUCAAUGUUGCUGGACGGUCCUCAAAGAAAGAUUAUAGACUCUCUGUGGUAAACCUGUUUCAGAUAUGCACCCAGCAUCAAGCAGACUUUAUGACCAUGACUCGCAGGGCACCUCAAGAUCACUAUUACAACUGUAAGCUAUUUGGAAAGUUAGAUAGUUUAGUGCCUAAAAAUUAGGCCGUGAAAAGUCAAAUGUCGAGGUCUAAUAUUUCCCUUUGGAAUGGAAUCGUUGGAGCUAUUGAACAAUAUCUAGCAGUGCAUUCCUUGAAGGGAAUUUUUAUUUCAGUUUUUAAUUAUUGGAACAGAAGCUCUAUCUG